AAUACAGUGUCUUGUAUGGCCUCAGAGAUACGGACCAAGAACUGAUGUACACUAGAGAGGACAACAAUUAAUUGCUGGGUCUCAGGAGGAUAUCAAACAAAACAGUAUGAACACAGUUCAUGUCACAGAGGGACCAAUAUGAAACUUUGACUUUUUGACAGAGUCUAUCGUGUAAACUCGAAAUGUUUUGAUUUAAUUAUGGCACAUUUCUUCUGUCUGGCAUGAUGGCAACGGACCUUGUUAUCUCUACAUCUCCUCUCGGUCUAACUCCCAGAGAGGACUGAAAACGGUGUCUAUUGGCCUCUCCUUUCAACCCGAGCGGUUUCCACCAACCGAUAGGAAAGAUAACAACCAUGAACUGUGUGUCAAUAGCCGCCUCGCUGUCUCCUCUCAAUGCGGGUUGAGCACAGAUCACUCCGGCGGAUUAACCAACCCUCGCAUCGAAGAGUCGUCACGAGCAUUACAUCACCGAUUCCACACCCGAAGCGUAAAAUGAGACCCAUGUAUUUUUAACCAGCGGAUAUGAACACUGAUGAUGAGGGGAUACAACUGGAUUUUCAUUUUUUGACGUCGUGGGGGAUUAUACAAAUAUAUCAACAAUUUCAACGUCGGCUAUACAAUUCAUCAGAGAGAUGAUGGCGUUUUUAUGAACGGGGGAUAGACGAACACCGUCAUCAGCAUCUCUGCCUCUCGGCUCCUUUGUGUUCGUAGAGAAUGUGAUCGGCGAAAGAUGACAUGGCAGAGGUAGAUUCAGCAUCCAGUGGAGCAGAACAACCGAGCAGCCUGGAGACAGCAUUCCCGUACGAGGAGUAUGAAUGCAAAAUAUGUUACAAUUAUUUCGACCUUGACCGUCGCGCGCCCAAGAUUUUAGAAUGCUUGCACACAUUUUGCGAGGAGUGCCUGAACACUCUCCAUCUCCGCGAGGAGCGUCCAUGGCGCAUCAGCUGCCCUAUAUGUCGCCACAGGACACCCGUACCGGACUAUCGGAUACAAAACCUACCCAAUAAUACCAAGGUAACGGAGGAUUUCCCAUUGUACAUUGACUCUGAUCCUCUGCCUCAGGAUGCUUUGCCCCUCUACCCUCCCCGGUUGCACCCCGCACUCGUCGCCCUCAGGCGCGAGGAGGCAUCGGGGGCGUCCACGAGCCAAGCUACCCCCUCCACUACCUUGUCCACUGCCACUACCCUUUCCCAGGACUCGGUGCGCUAUGGAAGCUGUCAGAGCUGCAAGCGAGUUGCCCUUACUACGGGCUGUGUGUGCGUGAUCUUCUCCUUUCUGUCCAUGCUGGUUCUGCUCUUCAUGGGCCUGAUCUUCGUGCACAGUCACAGCAGCCCGCCCUCGCCCGCGGGACCCAUCUGCCUGUCGGUGGCCAGCAUCCUGGCCAUGUUCUCGGUGGUAGUCACGUGGCUGAUCUGCUGGUUAAAAUAUAGACCCGAUCAUGAGACAGGACGCUCAUCUGGAACGAAUAGGCGGAACGCCUGAUGAUGAAGAUGAAGAUGAUCAUGUUGAUAAUGGGAUGUGUGUGAUUUAUGUAUAUACUGCUGUAUAUAUAAUGUCUGUAUAAUGUCCCUCCCUUCCUUUACUUUUUUAGAAAUAUACAUUGUCCAGAAUGGCCUUUUAACAGUAGGAUAUAGCAAACACCAUAUAAAGGCCUUCACCUGCUCACUGAGCAGUAAGCCUACAGUAAGUAGCCUACCAUUUGAUAAAUGCAUAAAUGCACUUGUAUGCCUACCUAUGGUAGGCUCAUAUGAUGAUAGGUAACCUUGCCUGAGACCUAGAUUAACUGCCUGUUGCUCCCAGACUAGACUGGUUGAAUGCACUGAGUUGAGGACCAGGGUUUGAUACCAGUUUCCUGAAAAGUAUACACUACCCACUAUGCCUCUCACUAUCAAAACCUGUCCUUGAGUAGUCACAAAUAUACACUACAUGAUAAAAAAAAUGGACACCUGCCCGUCAAACAUCUCAUUUCAAAACCAUGGGCAUUAAUAUGGAGUUGGUCCCCCUUUACUGCCUCCACUCUACUGGGAAGGCAUUCUCGAUGUUGGAACAUUGCUGCGGGGACUUGCUUCCAUUCAGCCACAAGAGCAUUACUGAGGUUGGAACUGAUGUUGGGUGAUUAGGCCUGGCUCACAGUCGGCGUUCCAAGUCAUCCCA